CCUCACUAUUCUACGUCGCCUUAGUCCCUCGAAGCGGUCUCGAAGUCCUAAACCACCUCUAGGAACAUCUUGCAACGUCUCGGAAAAUGGACAGUCGAAAUCCACCAUGGCGCAAGGGCCCACCGCACCAUCCGCCUUCGAAGAAACCCGCCCCUCCAUCCGCAAUACCAAGCAAGCGUUCAGCGGAUACUCAGGAAGCGGCAUGGGUGGCGGAUGAGGAUCGAUUCGUACUGCAACAAGCAAAGAAGAAGGCUGCUAUCCGAGUCAAGGGCGGGAGAGCCAAGCCAAUCGACUGGCUAGCUGUAACACUCCGGAUAAUCGACCCUACCAAGAACCCAUUGGAUGAUGAGGUUGACGACUCGGAACUGGAUGUGGUGGACCCCGAGGGUGUGCUGGAAGGAUUGAACGACUCUCAGCUGGAGGAGUUGGAGAAAGAUAUUGGCGUUUACCUGACCCUAGAGACAAAUCGAAGCAAUCAAGAGUACUGGAGUACUAUGAAGGUCAUCUGCAAGGAUCGUCGUCAGCGAUCAAAGGCCGCGGCACCUGAAGCACGCGGUGUCAGCUCCGUUUCCGCCGAUGUUGAUCGCCUACUGGGUCCCAAAACAUAUGAAGAGCUGGAGGUCUUGGAAAAACAGAUUCGAAAAAAAUUGGAUUCAAAUGAGCCCAUUGAUGUGGAUUACUGGGAACAUCUCCUUCGUAGUUUGAUGGUAUGGAAGGCUAAGGCGAAAUUGCGACGAGUCUCACAAGCAAUCCUGAGCAGCCGGCUGGACAAACUGCGGAAGCAGCAACAGGACGAAGCAGACUCUGUUCGAGAAAAGCUUGAGAUCGUCCUCGGUACGUCGAAAGCAUCGAGCAACUCUACGCUAACCCAAUACGAUGUGAAACUCGAUCCCGAGCCGUCGUUGAAAGUUCGUCCAGAAGACAAAGCUCUUGAAUCCGUUGACGAGAAGCUAUUUCUUGAGCAAGUAGUUGACGAGAGGCGCAAAGUUAUCAAACUUGGCUACGUGCCGGUCCGCCAGAAAAUGUCCGAAAAGGCCUCAAGUCAGCUGCCUUCGAGACCACACGAGUCAGCAGCUCUUGGGCCUGCCAGAUUUGCGCUAGCCCGCAAUGACGAUUUUUCCCAGGCGACGACGGCGCUCUACGAGCGUGAGGUUGCACGAGGAGUCGAUGAAAACGAAGAAAUAUUCGCCGGGGAAGAGGAGGUCUCCACUGCUAGUAAACCACAGUGGGCAGAUAAGUAUCGGCCAAGAAAGCCACGCUACUUUAACCGAGUGCAGAUGGGCUACGAAUGGAAUAAGUACAACCAGACUCACUACGAUCACGACAAUCCUCCGCCUAAAGUGGUACAGGGGUACAAGUUCAACGUCUUCUACCCGGACUUGAUCGACAAGAGCAAAGCACCCACCUAUCGGAUUGAGCGAGAGAACGGCAGGAAGAAAGGCCAGUCCUUCGCCCCCGCUGGCGAGGAGGACACCUGUCUGAUCCGCUUCGUCGCUGGGCCUCCCUACGAAGACGUAGCCUUCCGGAUAGUCGACAAAGAGUGGGACUUCAGCGCCAAGAGAGAGCGAGGCUUCAAGAGUAGCUUUGACAAGGGUAUCCUGCAGCUUCAUUUCCAGUUCAAGAAAAUCUAUUAUCGAAAAUGAACACGGGCCCAACCCGUCCUCGCUACUGCCAACCUCCGAUGGCCACUUAAUCCAGGGUGUGUUAUAU